UCAGAGAGUCUUGUCCACUACACUGGUGGACUUCCAAUAGCUCUUAAAAAAUUUGGUUCCUUCCUCUCUAAGAAGAGAAAAAAACAGUGGCAUGAGAUAUUGGAGAAGUUGGUGAGAGACCCUCAUCUUGAUUCAGUUGGAUUACCUUUAGAACCAUUCUCCUCUGUUCUUCCCUUUCAAUCCGUCGGGCCAUAUGGAGGUUGUGGUGGGUGUUCUUAUGAUGAUAACACAUUCACCGAUAUUAGAAAUAUUACUGUAGUUGUAACAUCAGUGAUUGAGUCCUUUCAUAUUGAGUAUGAUCAGAAUGGGUCUUUGGUCCGCUCGCCAAGACACGGUGGACCUGAGGAAGGCAAAAUAUGCACGGUAAAAUUAGAUUAUCCAAAUGAGUUCUUGACUUCUGUGUCAGGCUACAUUAAAGACGAAUGUGGAUGUGCCGUCAUUCAAUCACUUACCUUCCACAGCAAUAGGAGAACAUAUGGUCCAUUUGGCAAUGAGAGCGGGAAAUUUUUCAGUUUCCCACCGGUUGCUGGGAAGAUCAUCGGGUUUUUUGGGAGGUGUGGCUGUUCUCUUGAUUCCAUUGGAGCAUAUCUUUUACCGAUCUCUCGUGCAUAUCCCUUCGAAGUCGUAGGCCCAUUUGGAAAUAGGAAUUGUGAAGACCAGUGGGAUGACGGCAAGCAUACAGAUGUCAGACAAACUGAUGUUGUUUCUGGUUCUGCAAUUGAGUCGAUUACUAUUACUUACGAGCAAGGUCAUUCUUUUGCACAUGGUACAAGUGGUGGAGGCACAACAAACAAGAUAAAUCUGGGCUGGUCAAUUGAGUACCUAAUUUCAGUGUCGGGCUAUAUUACAAGUGAUUUUGGCUCGACUAUCAUCCAUUCACUCACAUUUCAAAGCAAUAAAAGCACAUACGGACCAUUCGGCACUGAAAUUGGAAGGAAGUUUUCAUUUCCAGCCACUGGGGGAAAGAUCAUUGGAUUUUAUGGGAGUUCUGAUUCCCAUCUUGAAUCUCUUGGAGCAUAUUUCGAACCAAUCUCUCAUCUAUAUCCGAUCGAGUUUAUUGGACCAUUUGGAGGCCAAGGUGGACACCAUUGGGACGAUGGAAAAUUUAAUGGUGUAAAGAAAAUAAGGAUGAUGCUAGAAGAUGUUGUCAGCUGCAUCUACUUUGAGUAUGACGAUAAUGGCGAGUCUAUUUGGUCCUCUACACAUGGUCACAGUGUCAAUGGAGAUAUCCAUAUGGUUAACUUGGACUACCCUCGUGAAUUCUUGACCUCCAUGUCAGGUUAUAUUAGACAUGAUAAUUCUGUUAUUCAAUCACUCACGUUCGAAAGCAACGUAAGAAGGCAUGGACCCUUUGGUAAGGAGGAAGGAAGCUUCUUUAGCUGUGGAUUGACAUGCAGCCAGAUAAUUGGCUUCCACGGAAGGUCUGACGUACGUCCAACUUGAUGCGCUAGGAGUCUACUCUGAACCAAUUUCUGAUCUUCAUCUCUUGAAAUCCUUUGGGCCAUUUGGAGGACAAUGUGGCGGUCCAUGGGACGAUGGAGAUAGCACGGGUGUGAGAAAAAUAACUAUAAAAGGUGGAUUAGUUAUUGACUCCAUUACUGUUGAAUACGACAAGAAUGGGUCUGUGGUUCAGGGCCCUAAACAUGGGGGAGACGGAGGAUCUCUAACA